CUGUGAUCACAACACUGCCAUUUCAUCUUCUUCCAUUAAGUUUUUUUCUUUUUUUUUUCCCGGUCGAAUUCUUCUGUUAAGUGAUUGGCGAGUGAGUCGUUAACUCUCCAAGUUUGGUUCCUGUACGCGUGGAAGAGCCGUAAACGAUCAAAUCAAAAAAUGGCCAUGGCAUCAGCUACCCUCUCGCCCAGCAUCACGGCAUGCUCCGCCGCCGCCGCCGCCACCACCCGGAGGAGAAUGAAGAAGGAGGUAUGCGUCGGAGGCUUCAAUUCAUUUGGGGGUUUAAAGGCACAAAACGGCGUCGUCUCGUUGGGGCUUCCUCUGAGCGCUGAUCAGUGUUUUGCGAAGAUGGUGAACUCGAUGAGAGCCACUGCAUCGAGUGGGAAAGGAAAAGGCAAGCGAGGAGGAGCUCUCUCUUCUACCUGCAAUGCCGCCGGCGAGAUUUUCCAGAUUGCUGCUAUCAUGAAUGGUCUCGUUCUCAUUGGAGUUGCUGUUGGCUUUGUUCUUCUACGAAUUGAAGCAUGGCUGGAGGAAUCCGAGGCUUAGAGAAACCGUCAGUGGUUAGCAAGUUGUAUUUUACUGUAUAAUUUAAUUGCUUUUCCCUUCCUUUGCGCAUCAUGACUCAUAAUUUUAUUUGUAUUUUGGAUUUGGGAUGUUAAAUUUGGUUCUUAAUAAUCGUUGAAAUUUGAAUCCCGCAGUAGGUAGCCCUUGCUGCUCCAA